UUGAUGGGCGUCGAUUGCUCAUCAUCGAAAUUUCUUAAAAAUAAGUAGAAAUAAAGACUAAAAAAUUGUAAUUGUUAAGUAAAAAGUGUCCAGAAAUGGCGAUUUUAUUCAAUACAGGCGACUGGUUCGCCCUUGGUCAUGGAAAUCAAUUCCGAAAAAUGGAAUUGUACCAAGUUGAUUGGCCAAAUAUUGAUUUGGGCGAGAUGUUUGUAGCAGCAGCUCCUUACGGAGGCCCACUUGCUGUUGUGCGAGACUGGAAAAAAUUUGUUAAGGCAACCACUUCCGGCAAACCGAGAAUACAGAUUUUUACUUGUUCAGGAAAUUUGUUGGCGACAAUUAAUUGGAACAGCGGAAACUUUCUGACAAUGGGUUGGACUGACACGGAAGAGCUGCUUUGUGUGCAAGAUGAUGGACUUGUGCUGAGUUACGAUAUGUUCGGAAAGUUCCAACAUACGUUCAGCAUGGGACAGGAAGCGAAAGAUUGCAAAGUGAUCGAUGCGAGGAUAUUUCAAACGCCUUUAGGGACAGGAGUUGCCGUCAUGACCACGAAUCAUCGGAUAUUUUUCGUUACAAACUCGAAGGAUCCGAAGACGAAGCAGUUGCCGGAGAUGCCAAAAUCAAUUUUGAACCCAACCACAUGGACCAUGCUCACCGAAGACCGUUCCGUGCUUUGCCUCAUCAUUCGCGAGAAGGAAAUUUUCCGCAUUUGUCACGGCGACAGCAUCGUCACCCCAAAAUCCAUCCAAAUGCAAGCCGACUACAACAAAAUCGAGAAAAUCUCCGUGUCCUUCAACCACAUGCACGUCGCUUUGUGCACCGAUACCGGUCACCUGUGGCUCGGAUCGUCCGACCUACGGAUGAAUUACUGCGAAUUCGAUACGGGACACAACGAAGUCCCGAAUAAAAUUGAAUGGUGUCUCGACAGCAACGGCGACGGACAUGCGGUGGUCCUUAGUUUCGCCUCUGUGCUCCUCAUUGUCGGCAUGAAUGGCGAAUCGAACAUUUACACGUACGACCCGUCGAUCCAUCUCGUGCCCGAAAUCGAUUGUGUGCGCGUUCUGAGCAAUUCGUACCACGAAAUGAUUCAACGCGUGCCGAAAUGCGUCAACAACAUCUUCGGCAUUAAUAUUUCGGAGCCAAGUAGUUACUUGCUGACGGCCCAGCAAAAGUUCCAGAAGAAAAGUCACGAGUCCAACGAGUAUUUGUGCUUCAUCGGGAACAAAUUGGAUGUCGCGGUGCAAGAAUGCAUCGAAGCUGCCGGCUACGAAUGGGACCACGAGACGCAAAAAUCGCUUUUUCGUGCCGCUUACUUCGGAAAAGGCUUCAUUCCGAACCACAAUCCGGAUUUUUACGUCAAAAUGAGUCGAAUUAUUCGCGUUUUGAACAACAUUCGGCACGAAUCCAUCGGCAUUCCGUUAACUCUCAAGCAAUUUAGUCAUUUGAAUGCAAAAGUGCUGCUAGACCGACUCGUGGCACGAAAACACUACGGACUGGCCAUUCAAAUUGCGAAACAUCUCAAACUUCCCGAAUACCGAAUUCUCGAGCACUGGGCUUUUCAUCAGGUGAUGCAAGGCAAAGCGGAAGAUAUCGAGGUCGCGAAACGAAUUUCCGACAAAUUUAAGCACAGCUCGGUGCAGGGCGUCUCCUUUUGCACGAUUGCCCGAAAAGCGCAGGAAGUUGGCAAGACACGAUUGGCGAUUAUGUUGCUGGAACUCGAACCGCGACAAAAUUUGCGGGUGCCAUUGUUGCUGAAACUGGGCGAGAACAAAAAAGCGCUUCUCGCUGCCACGCAAUCCGGCGAUACGGAUCUCGUUUAUACGGUUUUGCUGCAACUGAAGGAGACAACGCAACUCUCCGACUUCCAAAUGACCAUCAGAACAUUCCCGUUGGCGCAGAAUUUGUACAAAAAGUACUGUCAGAUCCACAGUCCGUCGGCGUUGAAGGAUAUUUACACGCAAGAAGACGACUUUUUGUCGCAGGCCGAGAUGACGAUUCGUGAAGGCAUGCAAAGUUUGCAGAUUGAUUUGCCAGUAGCUGCGAAUAAUUUUAAAAAGGCUCAUAAAGACAUCGAAGCAGAAUUAUGUGACGAAACCCGAAAACUUCAAAAAAUCCAAAAAGAACUCGAAAAGCGUGACAGACGUUUCAUCGGUCUCUCCGUUCACGACACAAUUCGCCAGUUACUCCUCUUAGACGAUCUGAAACAAGCGGAAAAGCUGAAAAAUGACUUCAAGGUUCCCGAUCGUCGUUAUUGGUGGCUACGAUUGCAAGUUUUAGCGGAAAACGACAAAUGGGCAGAAAUCGAUAAACUUUCCAAAGUCAAAAAGAGCCCAAUUGGCUACGAACCCUUCGUGGAAAUCGCUCUAAGUCACAACAACGUGCACGAAGCCCAAAAAUAUCUCGGGCGAUGUCGCGACGAAACAAAAGUAAAAUGGCACAUUCGAGCUGGAAUGUUCCGGGAAGCUGCUUUCUUCGCGUACGAACAAAAAGACAUGCAUGCCUUGCUGAACAUCCACCGGGAGGUGACAAAAUUGCAACAAACCGAUUUAAUUGGAACGGUCGAGGAUCUCAUGAAGAACCUGACGGAACGAAAGUGA